AUGAGCAUUCAUGGUAGCAGUCGUCAUCCGAGCGCUUUGGAGAGUGAUACACCAUCAUAUUGGGUGGAACAUUUGGCAACAUUUGCUAUUGGCCGAGAAUUCGGUUUGCAAUAUCCUGAGGAUGGCAUCAGAAAACUAAAACAGUUGGAGAAUAGUAGUGCGAUAUGGGCACAACCAAUGGUACUCAGAUUGCGACCCAGAGUUGUUUCGGUUGAGGACGAAAAUGGAGAUCUUGUAGAACAGUUUCCAAUGGAACUCGUAACAAAUCCAAUUGCACAUUUGUCUGCAAAUCCUCGCGAUGUGUAUAACAAUAUUUUAUUAUUCGUCGUGAAGGAAGAUAAAAAACGUGGCAGAAGCUUGAACCCCACCGAAAUGCAUAUUUUUCAAUGCAAUCGUGUCUCGGCAAAUGAUGUUGUGGAUGACAUAAAGGCAUUUCUAUCGGGACAUUACAAAAAGGUAAGAACAGGGCGACGCGAUACGGGCUUCAUGGUUGGGUAUCAACCAGCAUUCGUGAUGGAGCUACCUGCUCGAGGUUUUCGUGAUGAUACUUCCGCCAGUUCUGAUAGUAGUGAAUCAUUUGAAAGAGAUGUGAAUACAUUAAAUCGAUGUUUCGAUGAUAUAGAGCGAUUUGUUGCCCGCAUACAGUCAGCUGCAAUUGCUCAACGUGAGCUUGAAGCUCAAGCACAUCGACAGCGUACUCAUCGUAAGCAGAACUCACGCAUACCUAUUGAUCCACAAAGUGGUAUUUUACAGAUGCGCGCACAACUUCCUGGAGAAUUUGAAUUUGUUGACAUUUUGCAGAAAUUUAAGUUGUCAUUUAAUUUGCUGGCUAAGCUCAAAAAUCACAUUCAUGAGCCGAAUGCACCAGAAUUAUUGCAUUUCCUGUUCACUCCUCUCACAGUCAUACUUGAUGCAUGUCGCUGGGGUCUCGGAAGAAACAUCGCUCCUCAGGUUGUCUCUCCGUUGCUUUCACUGGAAACUCGCGAACUGUUGCAGAACUGUUUAACAAGCAGAGAGUCUGACGUAUGGUUGGCUAUGGGAGAAGCGUGGAGAAUAGCUCCAGAAGAUUGGAUUGGUCCGUUGCCUAAACCUUACAGACCUAUAUUUCUGGAUGGUUUUGCACCAUAUGGUUAUCCAGAUAAUUAUAUUGGUCCACAAAGUCCUGCACGAUAUCUGUCAGUGCCACAUCCGAUUCAUCGUGGUGUGAGUGCACCACCACCCCCCACUCAAAAUUCGUAUACUCGACCACCCAUCAGGGAUCACUCUGUUGAUAAUUUAAAUGUGGACUUGGGUCAUAUGUCUCUGGAAAAGGAACGUCUGGAUUUUGAAAGAGAGAAAAUUGCGGAGCGUGAACGGCGACUUCUUGAAGAUGAGCGCAGAAUUCUACAAGAAAAACAGCGCUUAGCAGCUGAAAAAGAAAUGAUGGCACAAGAAGCUGAACAGCGAUCAGUGGCUAGCUAUACGGCAAGACAGAAUGAGACAUCACAUCAACCAUCACCAGCUAUGUCGCGACGGCCGCUUUAUCAGUCUCAGUUUAACGAAAGUGAACAGCAUCAUAUGACUCCGUCGCUCGGACCGAUUUUACAAGAACAGAGUCCACGGCAGCGAACUUUUCUAGAUGGUAUUAUAGCUCGUCAUGCCAAACUUGUGCAGGUUACACAUACUCGAGUUGCACAAAAUCCGAAGGAAUUGACCGUCAGUCAAGGUGAAUUUCUUGAGGUCUUAAACGAUAAUAAAAAUUGGUGGGAAUGCACAAAUGUUCACCACCGUGUUGGUUACGUCCCGCAUACCAUAUUGUCUGUUAUAAACGUAGAUCAUGGUUCUCCUCAGUCGUUGCCACCUCAGGACCCGACUCUUCACAUAGAUCGGAUGCCAUCGCAGGGAAAUGUAGUUCCGCACAGCGGAGUAUCUUUAUCGUUAAGUCCGGGUAUUAUGAGUGACGAUGCACCGGAAUAUAUCAAGCAACGACAAGGCAAGCGAGGAGAAUUCAGAUACUUCUAG